UGGAAAGGAAGGCAUGUGCGACCCAGCUCCGUUGCCCGCGCCUGACUAACAAAGGGCUGGCGGCCAGGCUGAACUGGGGCAUUUGACUGGGACGCUGGGAUUGUAUCUUGUGCUUCUGCAGUGCAGCCUGGGGCAUUUUCUUGUGAGGAUCUGUGCCGCGUGGCCUCCAAGAGUUGAGGGUUGAGGGCACGAGACAUUGCGACGCUUGAAAUGAUUGAUUUUGACAAAACCUAGCCGAGGUCCUUGCUUGGUACAUGCUUGGUCCCCUUUUUGUUUGUCGUUGAUUUUGUCGAUACCAUUGUAGCCUUCCAUCCCAGCUGGGUCGUCAUAGCCAGAUCACAGCCCCACGAGCUUUGCCUGCCCAACACUCGAGCUUCAACCGAAUACUGCCCCAAACUCCACAUACACGCUUCCCCAACCCGCGCCGUCGUCCGCAAGCCCCGUCACGCGCCAAACGAUGAUCGCAUAGAUCAGCUGCAAGCUUGUCCUCCCCGACCGACCCUACGCUAGCGGAAAACCUAAACCAGAAACCCACGACGGCCGGGAGAGGCCACGCAAAUAAAGCACAGCACCAGCAUCCAAACGCCCAGGACCUCGAUGCGGCAUGCCUCCUCCGCCCACCUCGUACCACCCAGCGAAGCCGCCCGACUCCCCGGCCGACGACUCUGAUUCCGAUCUCGAGCUCGACCUGCAGGAGCUCGAUCCCCAGACCACGUCGCCCCGACCCGCACGCGAGCCCGCCCCUGCGCCACGGACCGAGCAGCGGACCGCGAGGAUACCGCUGCGCAACCUCCGCAUGGGGAGCCUGCGCCGCGGCGAUCGAUCCAGAAGCUAUGGCGAGCUGGGUCAUAGGAGGGACGGGAGCGCCGACGCCGAGGCCUCCCUGCUAACCCCUGCUGAACGCGAUGACCGUGGCGGGGGCAACCGGGCGGCGUCAUCGCGGUUCGAGGAUGACGCCGACAGGUCGGCCGUCGAUGACGAUGCGCCGCUUCUGCCCGAGAAUGGGGACGGUCGGCGCCGAGGCUCGGCACACAGACGGCUCCAGAGCCUCGCGGGCGGCCUACGCCUGCCGAGCUUCAUAUCUAGGUCUAGGGGCUCAAACCAGGCCGAGGCAGAGCUCCUGGCCGAGGACGACCAGGUCGCGCAGGAGGACCAAGACCCUUCGGGCUCCCGGCUCGUUGCUGUUGGCUCGUCACAGGCCACGCGCUUCCCGCCAAACGUCAUCUCCAACGCCAAGUACACGCCCUGGUCCUUCCUGCCCGUGACACUGUACAACGAGUUCUCCUUCUUCUUCAACAUGUACUUCUUGCUCGUCGCCCUCUCCCAAGCCAUUCCCGCGCUAAGAAUAGGCUACAUCUCGACCUAUAUCGCGCCUUUGGCUUUUGUGCUCAUGAUCACGCUGGGGAAGGAGGCACACGACGACAUUGGCCGGCGCCGCAGGGAUAAUGAGGCCAACUCAGAGCCUUACAGCGUUGUCCAGUUUGACGAGCCUGGUGCGUCGUCUUCGCACCCGAGGACCCGAAGGAAGCUCAAGUCUACCGCAUCCCGCAGGCAGGCGGCCCCGCGCCAGGCCCGCAUGGACAGGCUCUCUGAUAUACAGGAAGAGGAGGAGCAGAUCGAGGGAGAGGGGACCCAUAAGGGACCGUCUUCCGAAGUCAGGGAAGUGACUAAGCCUUCCAGGGACCUGCGUGUGGGUGACGUGCUAGUGUUAACCAAGGGCCAAAGAGUCCCGGCGGAUGUGGUGAUUCUGAAGUGCAUAUCUUCGGAACCCACUGCUCCCGAGCCGGCGCCAAAGAAGGCUGCCGAGCCUGAGCUGCUGUCGCUCGACGAGAGCUCUGGCGAAGGGAGCUCGGCCAGUGCGAAUGCCGAGCCUGAAUCUGAGGACGAUGUCGGGCAAGGUGGAUCCGGCGGCGAAACUUUCAUUAGAACCGACCAGCUCGACGGUGAGACGGACUGGAAGCUACGGAUCGCGUCUCCUCUGUCGCAGAACUUGGCAACCUCGGAGCUUGUCCGACUGAGGGUGACGGGCGGGGAGCCGGACAAGAAGGUCAACGACUUUGUGGGCACGCUUGAGCUGCUUCCCACUCGGCAGGACGCCAUGAACCACAACGCCACCCUGCCUGGCGGCGAUUUGGCCAAUGUCGCCCCCCUGAGCAUUGACAACACUGCUUGGGCAAACACCGUGAUCGCAUCAAGCGCCACCACUCUGGCCGUCAUCAUAUAUACCGGACCCCAGACCCGAUCCGCCCUUUCGACCUCCCCUUCCAGGUCCAAGACGGGCCUGCUAGAGUACGAGAUUAACUCCUUGACCAAGAUCCUUUGUGCGCUAACUUUGGCGCUCUCCGUCAUCCUCGUUGCCCUGGAGGGCUUUGGUAAGACGAGCAUGUGGUAUGUCAAGAUCAUGCGCUUUCUGGUUCUUUUCUCCACCAUCGUGCCUAUCAGCCUACGCGUCAACCUGGAUAUGGGCAAGAGCGUCUAUUCUUGGUUCAUCCAGCGGGAUCCAGGCAUGCCCGGCGCCGUGGUCCGGACGAGCACCAUCCCCGAAGACCUGGGGCGGAUCGAGUACCUCCUCAGCGACAAGACGGGUACCCUCACACAGAACGAGAUGGAGAUGAAGAAGAUACACGUCGGCACCGUAUCGUAUGCCAACGAGGCCAUGGACGAAGUGACUGCGUACAUCAAGCAGGCAUUCAGCACGACCAGUUCAUCGCUCGUCACACCCUCGUCCACCUUUUCGACGGCUGGUGCCAGCGGCACCACGCGCACUCGCCGCGAGAUUGGUGCGCGUGUGCGGGAUGUGGUACUUGCGUUGGCCCUCUGCCACAACGUAACGCCGACGACGGACGAGGAGGACGGCAAGACGGUCACAUCCUACCAGGCAUCGUCUCCCGACGAGAUCGCUAUUGUGCGCUGGACUGAAGAGGUUGGCCUUCGACUGACGUACCGCGACCGAAAAACCAUGGUUCUGAGCUCGUCUGACACGGGCAAAACCGUGGUGCAAGUGCGCGUGCUAGACAUCUUCCCGUUCACGUCCGAGGGCAAGAGAAUGGGCGUCAUCGUUCAGUUUUACGAGCGGCCCCGGAACGGCCUGCCUGAAAUCGGGAGCGGCGAGAUCUGGUUCUACCAGAAGGGGGCGGACACGGUCAUGACGUCCAUCGUGGCAGCAAACGACUGGCUUGAUGAGGAGACGGCCAACAUGGCGCGCGAGGGCCUCCGGACGCUGGUGGUGGGCCGCAAGCGACUCUCGUCGGAGCAGUACCGCGAGUUCGCGGCCCGGUUCCAGGAGGCGUCGUUGGCCAUCAACGGACGCGACGCGGGAAUGCGACAGGUGGUGUCGCAGCACCUGGAGCGCGACCUGGAGCUGCUGGGCGUGACGGGGGUCGAGGACAAGCUGCAGCGCGACGUCAAGCCGUCGCUGGAGCUGCUGCGCAACGCGGGCAUCAAGAUUUGGAUGCUGACGGGCGACAAGGUGGAGACGGCGCGCUGCGUGGCGGUCAGCUCCAAGCUCGUGGCGCGCGGCCAGUACAUCCACACGGUGGCCAAGCUCGAGCGGUCCGACGCGGCGGCGCGGGAGCACCUCGACUUCCUGCGCGGCAAGACGGACGCGUGCUUGCUCAUCGACGGCGAGAGCCUGGCGCUCCUGCUGGGCACCAAGCACCGGCUCGAUUUCGUGUCGGUGGCGGUGGCGCUGCCGACGGUGGUGGCGUGCCGCUGCUCACCGACGCAAAAGGCCGAGGUGGCGCGGCUGAUCAAGGAGUUCACGCGCAAGCGCGUGUGCUGCAUCGGCGACGGCGGCAACGACGUGUCCAUGAUCCAGGCGGCCGACGUGGGCGUGGGCAUCGUGGGCAAGGAGGGCCGGCAGGCCAGCCUGGCGGCCGACUUCUCCAUCGAGCACUUCCACCACCUCACCAAGCUGCUCGUGUGGCACGGCCGCAACAGCUACAAGCGCAGCGCCAAGCUGGCCCAGUUCGUCAUCCACCGCGGCCUCAUCAUCGCCGUGUGCCAGACCAUGUACAGCAUCGCGCUCGAGUUCGAGCCCGAGGGCCUGUACAAGGACUGGCUGCUGGUGGGCUACGCCACGUGUUACACCAUGAUGCCCGUGCUCUCGCUCGUGCUCGACAAGGACGUGGAUGAGGAGCUGGCCAACCUGUACCCGGAGCUGUACAAGGAGCUGACGUCGGGCCGGUCGCUGUCGUACCGCACCUUUUUCGUUUGGGUCCUGGUCUCGGUCUACCAGGGCGGCAUCAUCCAGGGCCUGUCGCAGAUCCUAACGGGCAACAAGUUCGACACGCGCAUGGUGGCCGUCAGCUUCACCGUCCUCGUCCUCAACGAGCUGAUCAUGGUCGCCAUCGAGAUCACGACCUGGCACAUCGUCAUGAUAGUCUCCAUCAUCGGCACCUUUUUGAUCUACGCCGGCUCGGUUCCCUUUCUGGGGGAGUACUUUGACCUUCAUUUUGUGGCUUCUUGGGAAUUCUUGUGGAAAGUCCUCGCCAUAGGUAGCAUCUCGCUGAUCCCGCCCUACGUGGUCAAAGUGGUGCUGCGGGCGCUGAAACCACCAUCGUAUAGAAAGGUUCAGGGUUAGACGGAUUUAAGGGGUGGCUUUUUGGGUUGUAUUCCCUUUGUUGAACAAGCGCGCUGUGCUGUUUAGCCUUGUUUGUAUGUUGUCGGCCGCAUCAGUAUGGCGUUUUCCUUCUUUUUUUGUCUGUUUAUUCAUUUUUACUUCUCAAUUUCACCUAUGGUAUCGUAAGAAUACUCAUUGGGGCAAUGCCGUGACUACCAUUCCAGAAUUUUGGUUCAUAGGAGGUUGGUUAUCGGAUAUAACGCGUCCUGAAUCAACGAAAGGCGUGUUCCUUGUGUUUUCGUCAUGG